AAGAUGGCCGGUGACGACAUUACCUUCAUCUUCCAGUUUGGGAAUCUGCGCGACAUCACCACGGUCGAGUCGAGCGCCCUCACGCUCAAAACACUCAAAGAGUUGGCCUGUGACUUCAUCAACAGUAAGAUCCCGGAGAAUGGUUUAAAUCGGCUCCCGGAACGAUUGCUGCUCUUCCGCCACGAUUACGAAUCGCACAACGUGCUGCAGAUGGUGACGUCCGCCUCCGACAUUGUCGACGAAACGUUGGUGGAGAUCGUGCUCACUGCCAACCAAUCGCUACUACCGCCCGCAAACACUGGGCCAGCCCUGCACCGGAACAAUGUACCGCUCGCGCACGAGGACAUACCGCUCGUGCGGCCCCACGCACUCAACGUACACUCCUACAAGGCGCCCACCUUCUGUGACUUUUGUGGCGAGAUGCUGUUCGGGCUGGUACGCCAGGGGCUGAAGUGUGACGGGUGUGGGCUCAACUAUCACAAGCGGUGUGCGAUCAAAGUGCCAAACAACUGCAGCCGGGUCGAGCAUACCGGUGUGCUGCAGCAGUCCCAGUCGCAGCAGAACCAGCAGCACAGCAACGGUAGCAACACAAGCGGCAGUGGCCGCCGGUCCGGUUCGGCCGGCGGUGGGCUACUGUCCUCGAUGACGGCGGCGGUCAUGCCGGCGCGCAGCCCGUCCGGCGGUUCCAGCAACUCGCUCGCGUCGGACGAAACGGCCGGCGCCGGAACAAUGCUGUCCACCACCAUACGCCAAAGUCGGUCGCCCUCGCUGACGAGCCGCGGAGCUGUCGGUGGGCACCCGAUCAAGAUCCCGCACAGUUUCUCCAUCCACACCUACACCCGCCCAACCGUGUGUCAGUACUGCAAGAAGCUGCUCCGGGGGCUGUUCAAGCAGGGCGUCCAGUGUCGCGACUGUCACUACAAUGCGCACAAGAAGUGCAUCGAAAAGGUACCGAAAGAUUGUACGGGUGAAAAUACGCAGCCGGUCGAUACGCACGACGAUCGUAGCCUGUCGAACGAUCGUGAGCUGCUGUACAAGGACGAUCCGGAAGAUGAGAGUGACUUCGAUGACAAUCCGUUCGGGCAGGCCACUAGACGGUCCGGAGGUGUUGGUGGCGCUGCAACGGGGUGUAGUACACCGGCAAAGGAAGGCACUGGCAAGCAGUCACCAUCCGGUGGGGAAGGUUCACCGGGGAAGAUGAACGGUGGCAAUACGGCGCCAGCCCCGGCCUACCAUCUGCUGGACGAUUCCGACGACAAUCGGCUGGAAGUGAUCUGUGAGCAAUCGCGCCAAUCGUCGAGCAAUUCGUCCUCCUCACCGAGCGCAAACAUUCCACUGAUGCGUAUCGUACAGUCGGUGAAGCAUACGAAGCGUCGGGACGGGCGCGCGAUGAAAGAGGGCUGGCUGGUGCACUUCACCAGCAAGGAGAAAACGAUUAAACGUCACUACUGGCGGCUCGACUCGAAGGCAAUCACGCUGUUUGUGUCGGAUCAGGGCAGCAAGUACUACAAGGAGAUACCGCUAAACGAGAUCGUGGCGGUGGAGGCGGCCCGGACACUGCAGGGCGAGGUGUUGCACUGCUUCGAGAUACGUACGGCAACGGUUGACUACUACGUCGGGCAGGACCCACUGUACAACAUGAAGCAUCACACGGAACCCGUACUGUCGUUACCACCACCGGACAGCGGUGUCGGUGCCUAUCUCGCCAAAAGCUGGGAAACAGCGAUCCGACAGGCACUGAUGCCGGUACAGACGGGAUCCGGUCGUACAGAGGCGCACGGUACGGGUGGUGGCCCUAGCGAACCGGAGGAGCGCGUUACCGACAUGAGCCAGCUGUAUCAAAUCUUCCCGGACGAGGUGCUCGGUUCGGGACAGUUCGGGAUCGUGUACGGGGGUGUGCAUCGGAAGACGCACCGGGCCGUUGCGAUCAAGGUGAUCGAUAAGCUGCGCUUCCCAACCAAGCAAGAGGCGCAGCUAAAGAAUGAGGUCGCGAUACUGCAGAACCUGUCCCAUGCGGGCGUUGUCAAUCUAGAGCGCAUGUUUGAAACACCGGAGCGAAUCUUCGUCGUGAUGGAGAAGCUGAAGGGUGACAUGCUGGAGAUGAUACUGUCGCAUCAGAACGGUCGGCUGAACGAGCGCGUUACAAAGUUUCUUAUCACGCAGAUUCUCGUGGCGCUCAAGUACCUGCACAGCCGUAACAUCGUACAUUGUGACCUAAAACCGGAGAACGUGCUGUUGUCGUCGGAUAACGAGUUUCCGCAGGUGAAGUUGUGCGAUUUCGGAUUCGCUCGCAUCAUCGGGGAGAAAUCUUUCCGUCGUUCGGUCGUCGGUACGCCUGCUUACUUGGCACCAGAAGUACUGCGCAACAAAGGCUACAACCGAUCGCUGGACAUGUGGAGCGUGGGAGUUAUCAUCUACGUUAGCCUCAGCGGUACCUUCCCCUUCAACGAGGAUGAGGAUAUUAACGAUCAGAUACAGAACGCCGCCUUCAUGUACCCGCCCAACCCGUGGAAGGAGAUCUCCUCCGAUGCGAUCGAUCUGAUCAACAACCUGCUGCAAGUGAAGCAGCGCAAACGAUUCACCGUCGACAAGAGCUUGCUGCACUGCUGGCUCCAGGAUCUGCAAACUUGGAACGAUCUGCGCGCGCUCGAAUCGCAGGUUGGCCUACGCUACUUAACGCACGAGUCGGACGAUGCACGAUGGGCUGUGACGGCUGGCAGCACUGGCGGUGGUCCAUGACCCGUCGCCACCGACGGCCCAACCGGGGGACGGCUGCCCUCGCUACCCUUCAUCCAGGAGUCGUCAACACCGCCCGCAGAUGAGCCAGCGACCUCCACUGCAGCCCCAUCCAUCUCCCGGCUCGCGUCCGAGUACUGUGCC